AUGGCAGGUGAGGCUCUGCCUCCACUGACCGCACAUCGCUGUAAAUCGUCUGGUUCUCCUCGCAGCAGGAGUAGCGACUCCCCUCGUUUCCGGGGGAGAGAUUCUCCCCGUCUGAGGGGGAGGGAGUCUCCUCGGUCCAAAGCCAAGAAGAACCGAUCCAAAGGGACGGACUCGCCUCGCUCUAGAGGAUCCAGCGACUCACCCAAAACCAGCAACUUCCCAAAACCUAGCGAUUCCCCCAAAACCAGCGACUCCCCCAAACCCAGCGACUCCCCCAAACCCGGCGACUCCCCCAAACCCGGCGACUCCCCCAAACGCCUCACCGUCUCCGAGGCAGCACGACUCAAACUGUCUUCGAGCUCCAACAAGGAGGACGACCCUGCUGAUUCUGAUUCCCCUCCCGACUCCCCCCGGGUUGAAGGGUCAGAUUCGCCCCAGGGGGGCACCUCCCCUCGGCGGGGGAGCCAGGAGGAGUGUCCCCUCCUCUCCUCCCCCUCCUCCCCCCCAGAGGAGGACGUGGAGGUGGGGAGGAGGCGCGACGAGGCGGAGCGUCUGCUGGAGGAAGCCGUGUCGUCGUGGCAGGAGGCGCAGCAGAUCCUGCAGGAGGUGAAGGAGCUGCAGAGCCAGACGCUGAGGCGCCAGCGCAGGAAAACCUACGAGAAGAUGGAGAGGAAGAAGGAGGAAGGGGAGGAGACGCCGGCAUCACCCACCUCCCCCGAGGACGAAGGGUCUGAGACACCAUGAGACCCCUCCUCAGAUACACCUUCUCUGGAUCUCAGUGUAGCAGCGUCUCAAUAAAAGCUCUAAAUUGUACUCCUCAGGGUUUUCCUCCGUAAUCCAGAGCCCCCCGAUACCCCGAGCUGAUGCUACGAUCCGAUCCGAUAAUACUUUAGUGGUCAGAUCAAGUCUGAAAUGCCACUUGCAUCACAGCAGCUCCAUGUGUAACAUCAACAUAGACAAACAUGCUCAAAGACCCUUGAUCAGCUGUGAGAGACGCCGAUAAGCGCCAAUGUUGUUUCUACGGGUUGUACCGACCUCCGAUCAAAUAAAGCUCUCUGAUUGGCUGUUAAGCAAAGACAAACCAUCAUGAAAACAACAAAUCCCCGCCAUCAGGAUCACACCGUCUGUUUUCAUUUCACAUCUGAUCGUUACAAAAAACAGGACUUUGGAUAUCUCCACAACGACAUGAAGACGUGAAGUGAGAACAGAGUGUGUGUCCUCACAAUCCUGCGUCUAACAGCUGAUUGGACGAUGGCCUCUUCCUGUAAUUCAGGAGCAGACUUCAGGUCCUGCGGGGGUCUCCUCUCUGCACUAACCCCCCCUGAUUUCCCCUCUUUGAGUCUCUCUUAAUUUACUAAAUGUUUAAGGAGGCGCUCCCCGUCUGUGAUCUCAGACACAAAGUCUUCCUCACAGAUAUUCAGGUUCAGGAAAUAAAAAAAGAUAUUGUGUGGUUUUAAGACUUUUUUCAAAGCUACGAUGUCAACAUUUGUACGAAGGAGAUUUUUUUAAAGGACAAAAGCACUGAAGAGCACAAUCUUUCCUACAGCAAUGAUUAUUAGUCUUUAUAAUAUAUAUGAUGUCUUCCUUUAGUUCCCAACGUGUCUGUGUUUCACCAGCUGCAGAAAUCAGGGAGUUUAAUAUUUAAUAUUUCACAGCGUGACGAGAGAAUAAGCAAUAAUGUCUAAACACUGUAAAAAAAAACUGAAACUGUGAUUAUUGACACAGGAACGUUUACAAGACGAUAAUAUGACCGUUAUUUGUAUUAAUAAACCCGUUCUUACACCAGCUGAGGAUCAGGCUUUAAUAAAGGAUCAUCUUCAUUGAACCUCGACUCAAAAGCACAACACAGAACGACUGAGAUAUGAACUGAUGAUUAUGUGAUUUACAUUUGGGACAAAGUUUACAAAAGACGGAUUUAUAUACCAUGUAUUUCAUGUCUCCUAACAAUCAUGAUGAAGUGUCCGUGCUGCUCGGACACGAAGAUAGAGUUUUAUAUGAGAAAAUGUUCACGUUGCCAACAGGACGACUCUGACGUGUUACGGAUUAAAGUGACCAAUCAGAAACAUGUGACUAACAUACAUGGCGUUUAGAAGUAUUAGAAACGUAUAUGACGUUAUUUAUGCGUUGCCAACACACUUGAUGACGUUAACGUAGUACAGAUUAAAAUAAGGAACGUCACGUGUCUCGAACACUUAAUGACAUUUUGCCAAUAUUGCUAAAUCUGGAAAAAGGUAUUUAUGUAUUAAUCCAGAAGAAAGAGAGGAAGACAGAAAUCCAGAUUAUUCAGGAAACCGUAGGACGUGUUACUAAAUUACACAUUAACUGUAAAAAUGCACUUUCUGAAAGUACGGACGACACAAAGAGCUGCCGAUCGUUUCCUUUAAACAUCAGAAAUCUGAUGUUUUCUUUUUAUAAAUCACUUCUUGUGUUUGUUGGUGAAAAUGUAAUUUAAUUCUGCACAUUUAUUUCAGUUUUUGGUCGAAACGUCUGAACUUCUCUCCAGUUUUAGUGAUGUUUGCACAUUAGUGGUCAGACGAUGCACUGUGAGUUCAUAACGUGGUGCACUGUUAGAAUAUGUUAAAUGUUUUCUGAUUAUUUACCUUCAGAUUUAUAUGUUGAUGUUUUUGAAUUACUGUAUACAACAAUGCAUUGUGGGUAAAUGGAUUAAACCGCCUCGUCUACACGCUGAAUAAAAUAAGCUAAUUAAAAACGUUCUGUAAUUUUUCUGUGAUCAAACAUUUCUAAUAAUACUUUUUCUUGUUUGAAUAAAAAUAUGUUUCUAACCCGAA